CUGGCAGUGCCGAUCCAAAGCAACAAGUGAUUCCCCCGAGCACGACGAGGGGAGUCCAGGCCCUGGCUGUCGAGGCCUCAUCCUCGAUCUCCUCAUACUUCUCAUCUUCGUCUUUCUAAAAAUGUUGGAGAGUCGGGUGGAAUGCCCCCAGCAUACGGGCGAAAAAAAUGUCUGAAAGAGUGUCGUCUCGUAUUCACAUGAUAGUCCCCGGGUCCUGUCUCUCCCCCAUGUAUAUUCGUAGACGUCGAAACGUGACGGUGGGUGGGAGCUCUCGCGUGAAGAGCUUCAACUCAAAGAGUAAACUGGGGAGUCGUUACGGCUCAGUCUGUCCACGGCCGUCCGUCAAGUCAACUUGGUCAGGCCGUUGUGCAAGAGUACUGGCCUAUGAUAACGACUGAUUGACUCUACUCGAUCGACAAUUUGUUUAUCCGCGUGAUGUGUUAAAGCCAUACGAGUGAAUAUUCGCAGAUGGAAAAGUGCUGAAGUGAGUGAAGUUUUUUUUCAUUGGGAAAAAAAUGCGUGAAAAAAUGUGUGACAUGUCAUUAACAAUGUUUAUCGUGUUAUCGGUGGGAUUGUCUUCAAUCUCAUUGACGAAAGCAUUCAACAUUGAAUCCAGGCACUACACGUCGUACACGAAAGAGUCCAAGUCAAUGUUUGGGUUCUCGGUUGCUGAAUACCGGGAUAGCAGCAGACGUGGAUGGGUGAUUGUGGGUGCCCCAGAAGCUCAGACCUCGCAGCCAAAAGUCUACCGAGGUGGAUCAGUCUAUCGAUGUGACGUAGCUCUCGAUGACAAUUGCGUUCCCAUUGAGUUUGAUGCACAAGGGCACAAUUUGUUGCAAAUACCCAACGGUCCAGAUGCCUACGUACAGAUUGACAACAAAACUCUUCAAUGGUUCGGGGCAACAGUCUCAACAUCGCUGGUUGAUGGUGGUCCAAUCCUGGCCUGUGCUCCGAGAUAUGUCUUCUUCUCUAUUCAAGAGAAUCGAAACUACAAUGACAGCACAAGACAGCCAGUGGGCAAUAGGAGAGAUCCAGUGGGCACAUGCUGGGUCACCAACAACUUGAACACCUCGAAAGAAUUCGCGCCGUGUCGAACACGACACUUUGGUUAUCACCGGCAGGGGUCAUGUCAGGCUGGCCUGGGAGGAACGGUCUCCAAGGACGGAGAGAGAAUAUUCAUUGGGGCGCCGGGAAGCUGGUACUGGCAAGGUCAGCUGUUCUCAAUCGCAAGGAGAUUGGAGAAUAGACUCUUCGUGCCGACCACCAUCUAUACAGGACAAGUGUACACGCAGUCCCCACAUACCAAGGGACAAGUCAUGUUUACCAAGGAAGGAUCUCCUGAGGAAGAUGAUAGUUAUUUGGGAUAUGCCCUAGUAAGUGGAGAUUUUUUGGGUACUGGAGAUGUUGGAAGCGCUGUUGGUAUGCCUCGAGGAUAUGGACUUCAUGGCAAGGUUGUUCUCUUGACAUCCAAUAUGACAAAUCAUCAAAACGUCACCGGUGAACAGAUGGGCGCGUAUUUUGGAUAUUCAUUAGCAGUCGGAGAUAUCGAUGGGGAUCGCCUGGACGAUCUGAUCGUAGGCGCUCCCAUGUUCACCAUACCUGACAAUACCGAGAUGACCUUUGAGACUGGGAGAAUUUAUGUAUUUUACGGAAAAGGGCCUAACAAAUACCGAGAGUUUGAUUUUAGAGAUGGAGAAAGUAACAGAGGUCGUUUCGGCCUCUCAGUAGCAUCGCUAGGUGAUCUAGACCUCGACGGCUAUACGGACUUCGCCGUGGGGGCACCAUACGCCGGUCCAGAGGGUCGUGGUGCGGUAUACAUAUACCACGGCUCCUCUGAGGGAGUUCUGGAGAAAUUUUCCCAAGUGAUCUACGCAACAGACCUUAGCAACCACGUCCAGACCUUCGGAUUUUCCGUGUCAGGUGGUCUUGACCUGGACGGCAAUUCCUACCCAGAUAUGGUGGUCGGUUCGUACGAGUCUGGAGCUGCCAUGUUUUUCCGAGCUCGUCCAGUCAUAAAGAUGGUACAGGCAGCUACCUACGUGGAGUUCCGCUCAGCCUCGAAAUUGGUUUCCCUGGAGGAUCAAUCCCGAGUGAUUUCUAAUGGACUCAGAGUCACGUCUCUUCCUCUGAAAACUUGCUUUCAAUACGACGGCAUUGGGGUAGCAUCAGAAUACGAUUUCAACGUUCAGUACGUACUCGAUGUAAAGAAGACGAAGAGCCCGCGGAUGUUUUUCCUGGAGUUCGAGGGCCGCAACGAAAAGAUUCUCCCGAUUAGAAUGAAGAAGGGCCAACAGAACUGUCGAAUAUUCAACGUAUACUUGACCCCUAAUAUUCGAGACAAGCUCACCUCGCUCGAUGCAGAAAUGAGGAUAACUUUGGCGGGAGAUCAGUGGGUGGAUCAACGUCCCAGGGAUCCUCGACUGCCCCUGGAGCCAGUACUCGCGAUGACAUCGACCGAAAAAGACAGCAUCUCAAUCCGCAAGAACUGCGGUGACGACAACAUCUGCGAGCCGGACCUGCACCUCACCUGUGUCUCGAAGCCGACAGAGUACCUUCUCGGCUCUGGAGAACGUCUAGAGCUGGACGUUACGGUCUCAAAUAUGGAUGAAGACGCUUUCGAGGCAACUUACUACUUGACUCUCCCCCUGGGCAUUGAUUACAUCAAAAUCGAAACCCUCGUGUCCAAGGACACAUCAGUGAGAUGUUCCCCUCCAACAGCUUCCAACAACAACACUCUAAAGUGUGACAUUGGCAAUCCUUUACCUCAUGGCUCUGUCGUGCACUUCAAGAUCUGGUUACAACCGUCUCACGUUCAUGGGGAGAAGUCCACGUACGACUUCCAUAUGAAGGUCAACUCGACGAAUCCCGAACCGAUCGAGAGAACUCAUGAUAAUGUUCUGUACGUUCCCACUGGUAUUCUGGUGAACUCCAAUCUCCUUGUGGAGGGCGAGAGCAAGCCCAAGGACUUGUACUACAAUCCGUCUAAUUACACCGUAAUUAAUGCAACUACUGACAUUGAAUAUGGCCCAGCGUUCAUUCACAAUUACACGAUAAGAAAUAAGGGGCCCUCAACGAUAGAAGCUAGUGAAGUGUUCCUGGUGUGGCCAGGAAAGACCCUCGCUGCGGAUGAUUUUGUAUACCUCAUCGAUCAACCUGUGGUAGAUGGCAACAUCAGGUGUGCCACAGCAAACGCCAAUUCCCUGUCCCUCAGGAUUGAAAAUAGAAAAAAAAUUUCGACUCAUUACGAGACUCGCCCGGGCUACCAGCCCCUGACGAAUCCGCAGAAGAAUAUUCACGUUCACACAGGAGAGAACAGCUACGAUUCUGGAAUAAAAACGUCCAGAGGUGGAGAACAAAUUUACGAUUCCACUGAGAAGACUCGAGAGAGUGAGCAAGCGACGACAAGUGUCUGGGUGUCUAAACCCGGUGGAGGGGUUGUCAUCAGUACUGGAGGGGGUGGUUUGAGCUCUUCAGAGGGUUCAGUCUACACUACCCAAAGAAAUUCAUUUGGAGGAUUCAGUCAAGGAACGUGGGAAGACGAUCGAACCUUCACCAGGUCGAAUCAAAGUUCUUAUGGUGAAAAUGGGGCGCAGGUGACUGUUGAGAAUAGGCACACAGGUGGGAUGGAGACUCUGGUGAACAUUCAUCAGACAGAGAGUGAAAAACGGUACAAUAAUUUCCAGAAUCUCCAGGAGGAGAAUCGCAGAAAGCAGUUACUGAAACACGAGGAAGAGGAGAGGAUUCGACUGGAGGAGGAGGCAUUCAUUGCCCAAAAGAAGAGGGAGGAGGAAGGAAGGCGCCAGAGAGAGAGGCAGAGGUUCUAUAGUCAGUCCACUGGACGUCAUGACAUCACUGGCGAUAGAGAGGAGCACAUCGGCGCUGGAGACAUUGUAAUUCCAUCUGGAGGUGUCGCAACUUCUGCAGAACUGCAGAGAUUUUUGACUGAUCUGAAGGAGACUGUGGGGUAUGAGGUGUUCCAUCGCGGUCAACGACAAUAUUUGCAAUUCCUGGGGAGAUUCAUGGUGGCUGUCGAUGGAAAGCAGUACAUCGAGCUCAAGGACGGGCCUAUUUUACCCCUCCAGAAUGAGUACGGAGAACAGAAUUACGGAUCCAGUCAAGGAGUGACUGAUAGAUACUCGAAAGUGGAAGGAGAGAUCAUCACUGGGGAGGAUGGAAGGGUUUAUUGCAGGCUGAGUGAUAAUAGGAGGUUCCCACUUCAGAGCUCCUGGAGUUUUUCUGAGGAGAGGAGCUACACGAUCAAGGAGGGACAGACUGGCGGAGUUGGAAAUCGAUAUCAAGGGCAAGGUAGAAGCAAUCAAGAAGACAGUUUCACAAGCACCUCUGGAAAUUCCUGGGAGCGAACGUCCUCAAAUCAUGAGAAUUUUGGUAGCGAAGAGGUAGAGACCUACCAGACUCGCCACGAGGAGAAACGAAUUACCGAACACAAACAGGGUAGCAGGACCUACGAACAAGAGGGCUUCAGUGGUGCCCAGAAUUACGAAGACCGGAGACACCGAUUCAGGCGAGAAGAUGUUCAGCAGGUGAAAAGCUAUGAGAGGCUGAGAAGAGAAAUAAUAUCCUUCGGUGAAGAUAUAAAACAGGUGGACCAAGCUCUGAUCGAUGACGCAAUCAGAAGGCCUGACCAGACAGACCAGAAUAUCCUCAACGAGCUUGGCUUCUGCGGCAAUGCCAGGUGUCUUGUUCUGAGGUGUUUCGUUGGGAGACUCGUGAAGGACGAGGAGGUGUCCAUUAGUGCCAGGUUCAGGGUGAAGGGAACGACGCUUAAUAAAAUCUCUGCAGGAGAAAAAUUAAACGUCACCACCACUGUUUACGCAAAUGUCACCAAACUUCCGUUCAUUGGAAGACCUCACCACCUGGUUUCAGCUAGCCAUCAAGUUGUAACUGUCACUGAACCCACGGUUUCAUCGGUUGAAUCCGGUGGGGUUCCCCUGUGGGUUGUAGUGCUGUCGGCUGUUGCAGGAACAAUUAUCCUGCUAUUGCUGAUCUUUCUACUGUACAAGUGUGGAUUCUUCAAGAGGAAUCGACCAACAGAUGCACCUGAAAGACAGCCACUAAAUCGAAAUGGCCAUUUCCAGCACGGAGACGACCACAUGUGAAGCGUUUGAAAAAUAUAACGCGGAUAUUUUCAUAUCCCCAUUGAAUUGUUAAUAAGAAUAUUAAAAAAUUGACAGUGCCUUUGUUUUUUAUCCACUAAACUGAAGGCAGUGGAAUUUCAACGAGUGGACGAUUUUUGGUAGUGAUGCUUGUGCCUUCGUCCAUCGAUAGAAUAUCGAGAAAAUGUCUUCGUAAGAUAGUCGUAAGAAUAUUUUACUGCCAUAAAAUACUCCUCUCUGGCUCCUGCAGCUCUACUUUACAAGUUUCUAGUCAGAAACGAUUUAAUUACGUAACUACUUAAGCUCACGCACAGUUGAAAAAAUUUAAUCAAAUACUUUUUACUGGGAGAAUAGUGCGUGCGCACCCUAUAUUAAUUAUAAUCAUACUUGUUAGCUGCGGGAGCUUGCGAUUAUGUGCACCUGGUUUAGAGUUGAGAAAUUAUGAUUAACACGCGAACGAAAAAAUUCCACACAAGAACGUAAUUAAUUUUUUUGUUAAAAUUAACUGACUGAAAUUUCACAUUUUGUGUUAUUUAAUUUCCUCAAUAUAAAAAAAAAUGGGAUUUUUUUACAGGGAAAUUCAAAAUAAUUUCCAUAUAAUUAGUUCUGCUAUAAAAACGCACUGUAAGAUUGGAAAAUUCUUCAAUAGAAUUUUCUGUCAUCUUUGAUGAAGUUUUCUGUGAAUUUUUCAUUUGCGUGAUUUUUUUUCAUAAUUCUUCCUUGUUUAGAGAUCUCACAUGCAACUAAUAAAUGUCACUGUUUCAUUCUGACUGUCCCCCAACUCUAAUUGGUUAAAAUGCCCAAUGGCAAAGCAUAAUAAUCCGCAUUUAUUAUGUCUGAUUAAUUCAUUGUAUUUAUUACUACUUUCUACGUGAAUCAGUAGGAAUGGAACAUUUGCAUUUUUCAAAUGUGAAGAGCACUCUCACGAGGGAAGCCAAUUAAUCUCCAUAUUUAUUGAGAAUUAAUGAAAUUUUAUAUUCUUGACGAUCCUCAGGACGUCGCCAUAGUGUCUAUUCCCCUCUGAGUACGUGUACAAUGUGUAAAUUAUUAAUUUCAUACUAAAAUGAUUUUUUAAAUAGCUUUUAACUACUGCAAUAAUGAAUUUUAUAGGAAUAUUAUUGGUUUGUUUUCACUUCAAGCUCGUGAAAACUUAGAGCUAAUUUGUAAAUACAGAGAGUAAGGUUUAAUAUAAAAAUUAUAAAUAUAUUAAUUCAAUUGACUAA